GGCUUGAUCUAUCCCCGCCCCUUGCGUGGCUCCUCCCUCCCUGCGCGGCGCUCAUUCGUGUCCUGACCGCGGGAGAGGAAGGAUCGUCCGGGGAUGCGCGAGGCGGAGGCGGAGGCGGGCGCGGGCGAGGGCGCGGCGCGGUGAUGCCUGCUCCGGGGACGGGCGGCGGGGGCGGCGGGGGCGGGGAGGCGCUGCGGGUGGUGGCGCGGUGCCGCGGCCUGUCCCGGCGCGAGGCGUCCCAGGGCGCGGAGCGGGCCGUGUUCCUGGACCGGGCGCAGGGGCAGGUGCUGCUGCGGGCCUCCCCGGGCGACCCGGCGGCGCUGAAGAGCUUCUCCCUGGACGGCGUGUUCGGGGGCGGCGGGGGCGAGGAGGGCGCGCUGUUCGCGGCGGCGGCGGCGCCCGUGGUGGAGGCGGCGCUGGGCGGCGUCAACGGGACCUUGCUGUGCUACGGGCAGAGCGGCUCCGGCAAGACCUUCUCGCUCUUCGGGCCCGGCGGGGACGGCGAAGAGGGCGCGGAUGAGGAUGCGGAGAUCGCAGAAGGGGAGUCAGAAGACACUGAAAGUCUUUCGGAUCCCGUGCCCUGCCGGGGCUUGCUCCCUCUGGCGGCCGAGCUGCUCUUCGCCCGCAUCGCCGGGGCCGCCCCGGAGCAGCGCUUCCUCGUCCGCGCCUCCUUCCUGGAGGUCUACCUGGAGGAGGUGCGCGACCUUCUCGCCCCGCCAGGUUCGGGUCUCGGCUCGUCGCCGCGGCGGCUGGAGCUCAAGGAGAGCCCCGAACGAGGCGUGUACCUCAAGGACCUCUCCGCCUUCGUGACGAAAGAUGCCGCCGAGCUGCGCCACGUCCUGCGCUUAGGCCAGCGCUGUCGUGCCCGCGGGGCCACCGCCGUCAACCCCCGCAGCUCCCGCUCGCACGCCGUGGUGCUCCUCACCAUCGAGUGCAGCCAGGACGGCGAGGCCGAGCCGGUCCGCGUGGGCAAGCUGCACCUCGUAGACCUGGCCGGUGGGGAGAGGCAAGGACGAGGCGGAGGUGUCGGAGUCGGUGUCGUCGGCGGAGGUCGGGAGGCGGCACGCAUCAACCUGUCGCUGUCGGCGCUGGGGCACGUCAUCUGGGCGCUGGCGGAGGGGCGGUGCCGCACCCACGUGCCCUACCGGGACUCCAAGCUGACGCGGCUGCUGCAGGACUCGCUGGGGGGCUCGGCGCGCACCGCCCUGCUGGCCACGCUCAGCCCGGCCUCGCUCUGCCUGGAGGAGAGCCUCUCCACGCUGCGCUUCGCCGGGAGGGCCAAGCGCGUCCGCAACCGGCCCCGCGUCAACGAGGACCCCAAGGACGCCCUCCUGCGGGAGUUCCGCGCUGAGGUGGCCCGGCUCAAGGCCCAGCUGCAGAAGAGGGGCAUGCUGGGAGGUGGCGGCGGACUCAAGCACCGGCACCACCACCGGCAGAGGAAGAAGGGCCCCGGCGGGGUGGACAACGAGGAGGACGAGACCGAGGACGACGACGAUGACAACAACAACAACAACAAUAGCCGGGACGGGACAUCUCCACAACAGCAGCGGGAAGAGGACGGGCGGCUCCUGGAGAAGAAGGUGGAGGGCUACCUCAAGGCCCAGAAGGAGCGGCUGGAGCAGGAGAAGGCCGCCAUCCAGGACGACCGCAGCCUGGUCAGCGAGGAGAAGGCCCGGCUCCUGGAGGAGAAGGAGAGCAUGCUGGGCGAGCUGCGCAAGGAGCGGCAGGCCACCGAGCACCUGGCCGCCAAGUACAAGGCCAUGGAGAGCAAGCUGCUGAUUGGAGGGAGGAACAUCAUGGACCACACGAACGAGCAGCAGAAGAUGCUGGAGCUCAAGCGCCAAGAGAUUGCCGAACAGAAGCGCCGCGAGCGCGAGAUCCAGCAGCAGAUGCUUCUGCGCAACGAGGAGACCAUGGAGCUGCGGGAGACGUUCACCUCUUUGCAGCAGGAAGUGGAGAUCAAGACCAAGAAGCUGAAGAAGCUCUACGCCAAGCUCCAGGCGGUGAAGGCCGAGAUCCAGGACCAGCACGACGAAUACAUCCGCGUCCGGCAAGACCUGGAGGAGGCCCAGAACGAGCAGACCCGGGAACUCAAGCUCAAGUACCUGAUCAUUGAGAACUUCAUUCCUCCGGAGGAGAAGAACAAGAUCAUGAACCGGCUCUACUUCGACUGUGAGGAGGACCAGUGGAAGUUCCAGCCGUUGGUGCUGGGUGCGGCUGGCCCGAGACCCACGAAGGCUCAGAUCAAGUUAAAAACAAGCAGCAGCAGUGCCAGCAGCGCCCUGAGCAGCACCGCGGGAGCCACGCAGAUGAAGCGCCGACCGGCCUCCGCCGUGGGCUACAAGCGGCCCAUCAGCCAGUACGCCCGGCUCGCCAUGUCCAUGGGCUCCCAUCCGCGCUACCGGGCCGAGAACAUCAUGUUCCUGGAGCUGGAUGUCUCCCCACCGACCAUCUUUGAGUUUGAGAUCACGGGCGACCCCGCGGAGCAGGACCCCCGGGCGCUGCACCUGGAGCGCCUCACCCGCCUGGACAGCCUCCUGGAGCCGCCGGCCGCCUCCCGCGUCCGGAAGUCCCGCUCCUGGUGCCAGGCCCCUCGCCCCCUGCCCUCCUCCACCAGCCACGUCUCCUUGGCCUCCGGCUCACAGACCCCUCCCACGGCGGCGGCGGCGGCAGUAGCGGCUCAUCAGUAGUGUCUCCCCCCCCCCGACCCGACCCCCUUCCCUUCUGUCCUUCCUUUGCACUGGGGAGGGGGCCGCCCUCCUCUCCCCCUCCCUCCCCCCUCCCUCCCUCCCCCCUCCCUCCAUGGAGGACCCCGGGGUCCAGGGAGGGUCUCCCCUGCACUAACUCACCCCUGUCUGUGUAGCCCCUUCUUGUCUAUGUCUGUCUGUCCGUCUGUCUAUAGGAGGAGGGGGUGGCUCCUGGGAAGGGUACAGCACCCCCUGCCCUCCUUGGAUCCCCCCACUCUAUUUAUUUAACAUAUUUAUUUAUGGUGUGUCUUCGUGAUGGUGAUGAUGAUGAUGAUGGGGUUGUUAGACUGAGCGGCGUCCAGCCUCGGCCAAUGCACAAUGUUCCUAGGAGGCAGCCCUGGCUUGCUCUUCAUCCCGUGGAUAAUUCUGAGCACACUUUUUGGGGAAGAGGCUGUCAGCGUUGUAAAGAAGCUUUUGGAGCUUGGAAGCUCUGGAGCGUAGAAGGACGGACACUGGGAGACGUCAGGAAAAUCAAUGCACACAGUUUUACUGUGUAGAGCAGCAAAUACAGCACAUACAGACUAGGCAGGCAGACAACUAACAACCGAUGACUGAUAACUGGUGGCUGAUGCAAGAGGAAGGAACUCACUCUUAUAUCUGGAUCCUCCUUCUUUGCAGACAUUUCUGAUUAACUCUUUCAACGUCCAUACACUUCAGAUGAUGCCAUCACUUUGCAAUCCCAGGCACAGCACAAAUUACAUUUAAACAUUCACCUUACACAAAUCUUACAUUAACAGAGGCCACUGAGCAUCAUGCGCUAGGCUGCAGCAGUGGUCCCUAGCCCCCCACUCACCCCCUUUCCUCAACAAUACUGGGAGUCCUGGUUGGCCGUGCCGUGUGUCCUUCUGGCGGAGCUCGCCCUCCUCUCCUGAAAGGGGUGAUUUGGGAGUACCCCAAUCACAUAAAAACCACCGGGCUUGCCAAGCCGCUAUGAGCACACUCGGAGACCAAAGAGUUGAGGACAAAACACCUUUAUUGUAGCUACAGACAGACAAUAGCAACACAGGCAGUGAAGCUGGCAAAAAUUGUCUGCCCCGAGCAAAUCUGCCCGGGGUCUUUUAUACCCUACUUGUUUACGCAUUUCUAGUUCCCCAUUCUGGACUGGGCUUUACUGGAAAAACCACCAGUACAGUUUGUGGUCGGCAGGCACAUCCUGCCUUGUAAACAACUCCAGGAUGUAGCCCACCACAAACUGUAGAACAUUUCAACAGGUGAAGCGAAAGUACAUGCAUUGCAUACAUUUCUCAGAAUCGGCCGACCACAAGCUUAACCACAACUGAAACUUGCUAAACACACAGGACACAUGCUAUCUUGUCACAAGACAGCAAGUUGCAAAUUCUUAUCUUUAUUUCUGAAGUGAGACUGAUCUUCUGGUUUCAAGCAGACAGGCAUUCUAAAAUGGAGUCACUUUGGUUCAGUGAUCCCUUCACUCCCACCUUCUGCCCCCCAAAUCUCAUAGAACGGACUCCCUGUUUGCACAGAAAGAACCUGGGCCCCAGUGAUGGAAAUGCUGCACAGGGGUGGGCUGGGGGUCUUAUUCCAUGCUCCCCCCCCCCCACAUCCCAUUCUCCCCAUGACAGAGCGCACUUUCUCUGAGGUGAAUUCCCAUUAAAAUAGCAGAGUAAAAUGCAGCAGUGAGACUUACGCGGUGUGAGUUUUGGAAGGCCUCUUGAGUCUUCAGGAAGGCAAAGGAACACAAAGUUAGCUUUAAAGUUUAAAAGCAUUUAUUGAGGUAAAAAGAAAUCCAUUAAUGGAUAGAAAAGGUUUGGAGCUAACUAGCUAAUCUAUCCUGUUCUAAUACACAUAGACGGAUCAAAAUAACAAAGGUAUAGAUAGCUACAUCUUGGAAAAUAGGAGCGGACAGAGUGCGUCCUCUCUCUGGAACAAAGCAGGAAAAGGCGACCCACCUCAUGGGUCGCUUCUUCUCUAGGGCCAUAAACAUUCCAAAGGCCAAAUUGGGAAGUUACGACAACCCUAGGAGAGAUCACAUUUCUAAAGUAUCUAAAGGGUGGGUUGACCUAAAUAGGACAGGAAGGAGGAAACAAUAGUGAGAAGCUUAAUCAAAGCAUGCAUGGAACUGGGGAAGAUGUCCCUAGCUCUUUUCUAGUCUUCCUAUCUAACCAUAGAGACUUGAGCAGUACAGGAUGACAUUUUUCCAACACUCUCCACCUGUUGACCUCCAUUCCCAGAAUCAUGGCUCAAGCGCUGUGCGAUUGGUCACCCAUGAGGCACUAUUGUGUUGUGAUGGGGGGGAAGGGGGCUCUGCCAUGUGGAAAACAGCCACAAAGCAGACCCCUGGAUCCCCUGGCAGGUUACCCACAAUCCCUUUGGGCUGGCAGCUGAGGAAGCCAAUGGACCAUCCAAAGUAGUCGUCAGAAAGGAUUCCUGUGGCUUUUUUUUUUUUCGUGUCGGGAGCGACUUCAGAAACGGCAAGUUGCUUCUGGUGUGAGAUAAUGGGCUGUCUGCAAGGACGUUGCCUGAAUGUUUGGCACUUUUAUCAUCCUUGUGGAAGGCUUCUCUCAUGGCCCCGCACGAGGAGCUGGAGCUGACAGAUGGGAGCUCACCCACUCUCCCUGUAUUUGGAUUCUGGAGAGGAAAGGGGGUUUUUUGUGUCAGGAGCAACUUGAGAAACUCUGAGUCGCUUCUGGUGUGAGAGAAUGGGCCAUCUGCAAGGAUGUUGCCCAGGGAACAUUGCCAGGAUGUUUUGAUGUUUUACCAUCCUUGUGGGAGGGUUCUCUCAUGUCCCCACAUAGAGCUGGAGCUGACAUAUGGGAGCUCACUCACUCUCCCUUUAUUUGGAUUCUGGAGAGGAAAGGGGGGGUUUUUUGUGUCAGGAGCAACUUGAGAAACUCUUGAGUCGCUUCUGGUGUGAGAGAAUGGGCCAUCUGCAAGGAUGUUGCCCAGGGAACAUUGCCAGGAUGUUUUGAUGUUUUACCAUCCUUGUGGGAGGCUUCUCUCAUGUCCCCACAUAGAGCUGGAGCUGACAUAUGGGAGCUCACUCACUCUCCCUGUAUUUGGAUUCUGGAGAGGAAAGGUGUUUUUUUUGUGUUGGGAUCAACUUGAGAAACUGCAAAUCGCUUCUGGUGUGAGAGAAUGGGCCGUCUGCAAGGACGUUGCCCAGGGAACAUUGCCAGGAUGUUUUGAUGUUUUGCCACGCUUGUGGGAGGCUUCUCUCAUGUUCCCACAUGGAGCUGGAGCUGACAUAUGGGAGCUCACCCGCUCUCCUUGUAUUUGAACCAACAACCAGCAGUCCUGCCGACGCAAAGGUUUAACCCAUUGUGCCACUGGAGAGGAGAGUGGAGCCUGCACACCCAGGGGCGGCUCAAGCUAUAGGCAAACUAUGCAUUUGCGGAAGGUGCAAUCCUCGAGGGGGUGCAGUUGAGGCAAGGGCCUGGGCCUUUGGAAGAAUCCGGAGCGAAAUCCAGGCCAGGCCUUUGUCGGAGGGAAGAGUUUGGGUGGGCACCAAAAAUAUUGCUUGCUUACGCUUGAAAAUUACCUAGGGCCGGCCCUAUGCACAUUAAGGGGGAUCCCCUGCUCCAGAGCUUCCUUAUGUUCAGUGUCUCACUCUCUGCUUCAUGGCUUGCCUUUUGGUGUGUCGGCUGCUCUUUGGUGGCCACUCCAGUGGCCCCGCUCGGAGACACAAAUAGUCCAAUGGCAAGUGCUGGGCGCCACUACCUUAGUGUACCCUUCAAUCCAAACACCAAGGACACCACGGCUGGUCCCUUCAAGUGACAGGGAAACGAUGUCUUCAGAUAGCGGUCACCCUGGCGGUGGCAGCCACGAUGGGUGACCGGAGGAAGUAGAUGAGGAAGGUGUUGUGGUAAUCUCUGAGCGGUUAGACUCCAUUUAACCCUCUCUGGGGGAGAUUCCACCAAAAUGCAGCAGAGUAGCAAAAGCAAAGCUUUCAAAUGCAGCAGUUACUUACACGGGGUGAGCAAGAGAAACCUUUCAACUUAGGAUGGCAAUGGACUGCAGAGUCUCAGUAAAAGACUCAGUAAAAGACUCAGUAAAAGUUCAAAAAGUAUUUAUUCAGGUAAAAAGAACUCCGUUGUAGAUAGAAAGGCUUGGGAGCUGUCUAGUCUACUCUAGACUGGUUUCUAAGGGAAAAUAACAACCACCUAAAUAGUUACAUCUUGCCAGGAGAGAUGGCAGGACGCUGCUUGUUAGCUAGAAGAACAAAGGGAGAAGAGAGAACCAGAAUGGUUCCAACCUCAUGGUCCAGUUUACUGGGGCCAUAAAAGACAUUCUGACCAAUGAGAAGUUAGUGUCCCUGGAGAUUCACAUUUCUACUAACUUCAAAGUAAGGGAUGUGACGUACACAGGAUAGAGUGAAAACACAGUAAAGCCUGUCUAGGCAUGCUUUGGAAACAGGGAAAGGAUUCCCUCAAUCUAACUCUAUCAUCGAACUACAUCUAGACUUGAGUAGUCCAGGGUGAUUCCCAACAGAAGGGCCCUCAGUUAAGGGGAGAAGGUCUAGGAGACGGGCAGCUGCCUUUCUUUGGGGCUGAGAUCCAGAGGGAGGGGUCCAGAUCCCCUUUCCAGGGCCUUGCGCUGCAGAACGACCCUUCCUCCAGUCUCUGUGUCUUGCAUUUGGUGGCCUGCUUCACUGAGGUUGGGCUACCAAGCCCUUCCAAGCCCUGGCCCAUGACCCCGUUGUCCUUGUGAGCAGAGGCCCAGCGGGGACCCUGAGGCUCUUUGCAGCCCCCGUUUCCCUGAGGAGCAGCCCAAGUAAGAAUCAUAGAAACCUAGAGUUGGAGGAGACCUCAUGGUCCACCGAGUCCAACCCCAUUAGGCCAAGAAGCAGGAAAGUCGCAUUCCAAGCACUCCCGACAGAUAGCCAUCCAGCCUCUGUUUCAAAGUCUGCAAAGAAGGCACCUCCACCGGGCUUCCAAGGCAGAGAGUUCCACUGCUGAACAGCUCUUUGUAACACACAGUCAUGUUCAGGUGGGGUCUCCUUUCUUUCCUGUCAUUUGAAGCCCUUGUUCCAUGUCCUGGCUUGCUCUUUCUUCCCUAUGGCUUCCGUCCCCGCACAUCAUAACCCAUAGCUCUCCUCAUGUCUCCUGUCUAUCAGCCUUCCCUUCUGCAGGCUGAACAUGCCCAGCUCUUUAAGCCGCUCCUCAAAGGGAUUCUUAUUCUCCAGACCCUUGAUGCUUUGAGUCGCCCUCCUCUGGGCACACUCCAGCUUCCUCGUGUUCCUUGUUCAUCCGUGUGCAUUUAUGGGACCCCCAUUGGAGACCCCAGGCAGCAGAGGAGCCCAUGGGCAGCACAAUGCGGGUAGCACACCUGCCCGAGCAUCCCUUCCCCUCCAUUCUUCACUGGCGUGGUUUGAACUCCUCCACGGCCCCCUCAGUAAUGCACCCAUGGUUGGGGGCCAGAGGUGGGGUGGUCCUCUGGGCUCUCCUUACAGCACAAAAGCAGGGUGGAAACUGGGGGUGAAACACCUUGAGGCACACCUGAGUGCCAAGGCCCGUUGGAUGCGGAGGUGACCGGCUGGCUUUUGGCUUGUCGGAGGCCGAAUGAAAGACCUAGCCAAGCCACGGAGGCCAUUCCUUCCCAUUAGCAAAGCGGGGAGGCAUUUGCACUGUGUCUCUCUCUCUCCAAGACGUUUUCGCUGAGAGAUGCUCGUCAAGACUCCUUGGACUGGUAUGGGCUGGGCUGGGGCUGGCCACCCUCGGCUUCAGGAACGGACUAAGGACAUCUUUGGGGGAUGAAGUGGGCUUUUCCUCUCAAGGGCGCACUGCCAAGGGCGGCGGCAUCAGCACAUGGCCUUGGAUGCCAGAGUGCCCUUUGUGUGCUGCCCGCCCGCUGUCUCGCUUUCUCUCUCCGGACACUCGCUCUCCUGCCCUCCUUGCCUCCCAGCCUGCCGCUGGCCUCCAGGACGUCCGAGCACAAGACUAAACCCCAGGACAAUUGUACAGAAAUGCUGAUAUUUGGCACGGGGGCCGUUGCUGACCCUGUCACGGUGGGCUGAGUGACCCCUUGGCCCUGUGGCCGCGACCCAAGCUGUAGGCUUCCGAUGUUCCUUGUUCUGUGUAUGUGGGCGAGUCUGUAUUUACGUGUGAGUGAGUGUUCCAUGGUGGGUGCGUGUGCAGGCGUCCGGUUGGGGAAACGCUUGUGGGGUCCUCUCUGGGUGGGUGGGAGGGUGGGAGGGAGGGUCCGGAAGCGGGAAGAGGGAGGGAGGGGAGGGGAGGGUUUGUUGAUGGGUGCGUUGGUUGGUUGGCAGGCGAGGCGGCCAGGACCAAACUCUUUGUGCCUGUUGGUGUGGUGAUUCCCGUAGGCAGUCAGAAGUCGGUGUUCGGUGGCCCACGCUUGUCGCUCUCUCUCUCUCUACGUAUGAAUAUACUGGACAUGUUAUGCAUACCUAUAUUAUACAAAGUGUACUGGCAGAUGCUGUUCCCCCCACAAUCCCCUCCUCUGGUUCUGCUCUCCAAACACAACUGUCACGUUGCUCCGCCCCGGUGCCGGCCUGGGUGGCUGCGCCGGAGCAGCACUGCGACCGAAUCCCGGCAGUGACAAUAAAGGAAUGAGCAUUGUCCAA